AUGGAAGGAAAAAGUUGCCUUGGCAAUUUUUUUGAGAAGGCUAAGCCUUAUAUAGCUAUGAUUUCUUUGCAAUUUGGUUAUGCAGGAAUGAAUAUUAUUACAAAAGUUUCUCUUAAUAGAGGCAUGAGUCAUUAUGUACUGGUGGUUUACAGACAUGCCUUUGCCACUGCAGUUAUUGCACCCUUUGCUCUUGUACUAGAAAGAAAAGUGAGGCCAAAAAUUACAUUUCCAAUUUUUCUGCAGCUAUUUGUAUUGGGACUUCUUGGGCCUGUCAUUGAUCAAAACUUCUACUAUGCUGGACUUAAAUUUACUUCUCCAACUUUCUCAUGUGCCAUGAGUAACAUGCUUCCUGCAAUGACAUUUGUUAUGGCAGUCCUCUGCAGGAUGGAGAAGUUGGACAUAAAGAAAGUGAGAUGCCAAGCAAAGGUGGUGGGAACAAUAGUGACAGUCGGUGGAGCCAUGUUAAUGACAGUUUACAAAGGUCAUGUAAUCAACAUAGUUUGGUCCAAUUUUGUUCAUCCUAAACAAUCCAAUGUCCCUGACACCAUUGAAGCCACUGACAAAGAUUGGGUUAAAGGAUCAAUUCUACUUAUCAUUGCCACUCUUGCCUGGGCUUCUUUCUUCAUCCUUCAGGCUCACACACUGAAAAAAUACACAGCCCAUCUUUCCCUGACAGCCCUUGUGUGCUUCAUGGGAACACUGCAAUCCAUAGCUGUCACUUUUGUGAUGGAGCACAAAUCUUCUGCUUGGGCCGUUGGGUGGGACAUGAACCUCCUAGCUGCUGCCUAUGCUGGUAUUGUUUCAUCGAGCAUUGCAUACUAUGUCCAAGGUCUUGUGAUGAAGAAAAGAGGGCCUGUCUUUGCGACUGCUUUCAGUCCAUUAAUGAUGAUUAUUGUGGCCAUCAUGGGCUCUUUCAUCCUCGCUGAAAAGAUAUAUGUUGGAGGUGUUCUUGGGGCUGUGUUGAUUGUGAUUGGACUUUACUCGGUUCUGUGGGGAAAAUAUAAGGAAUACAAGGAAAGGGACGCUGAGGAAAUUCCUGAACCAGUAAAAUUAGGAAUCACAGGAGACAACCAAACAAUGAUGAUUGAAGACAUUGAAGCAAACAACACAGAAAUGCACAAACGUGAAACUAACGAAGUACUGUCAGUUCCAGCAAUAGCAAUCAGUGCUCCAAUGCCGCAGCCUCCCAUGAUAGCUAUGGAAGCUCCAAAACCUUUAGCCAGAUAA